AUGCAAAAGCAAUUUAAUAAUUAUUUUCGAGAUUUAAAAACAAACCAUUCAUUAAAUAAUCAUUCAUUUGAUGAAAAUGAAAAGGAUUUAGCAAUUACUGAAUCAGAAGAAAUUAAAAUUAAAACACAAUGUUAUUCUCUUCAUGAAUGUUCUCUAACAUGCAUAUCACCGAAAGAACUUAAAAUUGGUGAUUCAGAAUCAAUUUAUACAGAAGGUGGUAUUCCUUCAAUCGAAGCAUCAUUACCAAAAGAUGAAUCAAAACAUAAGAAAGUUGAAUUACAAGUAUCUAAUGAAGAACAUGCUCAACAUCUAGAACAUACUUUUAGAGAAAUUGCAUCACUUGUUACUGGAAAAUGUAUUAAUCCGGAGACAAAACGUCCUUAUACUAUAUCGAUGACUGAACAACCCAUGAGAAAUAUUCAUUUUAGUUUUAAUCCUAAUCGGAAUGCUAAACAACAAGCAUUUGAUGUUAUUCAUCAAUUGAAACAAUCAAAUAAUAUUUCAAUUCAACCAGUACAAAUGCGUGUACAAUGA